UUCCUGGAAACUCCUGGCUUCAAGAUGCAACCCUACCUCCUAUGGGACAAUCAUGAGAAAUGUGUUCCUCCGGAGAAAGACAAGUAGCAAACACAAGCAGCCACUGCAAUUGCCGGUGACCUUAGGUUGAGCCCUGACAAGCGAUGCUGUCAAAUCUUGUCACUUGAGAGCAAGGACGGAGGGUCACACAUGCUUGGCUCCAUAAAUGGUGGGGUUACUUAGGGUCUUCAGUGCCCACAGUGGAAAGCCCAAGAGGCCCCCACAUACCAUUGUAAAGCAUAUUCCACACUGACGCUGCUUUCUUUCUCUGCCCCUCCGUGGAGAGGUUUGGCAGGCUAGCAGAAGACCAGUUCGUUAUCCUUCCCAACACUGGGAACUGGCCUGGCUAGAAGGUGCUCUGGCAGAAUUUGAACCACCUGACCGGAAGGAAUGAGCCCUGCCUCGGUUGCGCAGUGGUGACAGAGCAGGCGCUGGGCGCCUGCAAGACUUCUGCCCGCCGCUCACGUGAUGAGCAGGCGCCCGCCCACCGUGUCAGCCCGCCCCGCCCAGUCCCUCCCACGCCCCGCCUGGCACGGAGCAGAGCAUCCUGGAGCAGCCAGAGCCCAGAGCAUCUCGGGGGCGGAGCAUCCUGAGUCUUGGAGCAUCCCAGGCCGCGAUUUGCAACGGCUGCGGCGCGAUGAGGGUCUGGAGCUCGGAGCACGUGUUCCGAUCUUGGGAACCAGUAGGACUUUGACAUACAUCAGAGAACGUUCAAUUGUGGACCCAGUGGGGAAGAAGAUGGAGCUCUGCUCCACCAAUGUAAGCAGUGGCCACGAUGAGCAAGGUGCCUGGUAUUUCUUGGUGAUGAUCACACUCACCAACUUGGUGUUGGUGAGCGAGAGGCUGGUGUACACACCCCACCCGGAGGACCCAGGAAUGACUGUGCUCACUCAGGAAGCUGUCAUUACUGUGAAGGGGAUCAGCCUUGGCAGCUAUCUGGAAAGUUUAAUGGCCAACAUGAUAUCAUCCAAUGCAAAGAAGGGUCGCGAGGCCUUGGAGUGGGUGAUCGGCCACCUGAACUUGGAGCUGGAGGGCUGGCAGCCCCUGCCUGCAGCAGGGCGUGAAGCACCACCGCCCCUGGCCUUGCGCUUCCCCGCGCCCAGGACACAAGACACAGGCUGGGCAGCAAGUCAGCGGCCGGGGCUGGAUGUGCACGCUCUGCGCAUGUGUCAGAGGGGACAUUCGUGCUUACUGCCUGUGUGUCCAGGGACUUUGAGGAGAGGGACUCUGGAAAGGGGCCGAAUUUGCUACAUUUGGGCCAACUGGUUACCAUUUCUUUUUUUUUUUUGGUGGAAAGGUUUUUUUGUUUAAGAAGUUAACCCUUUGAUAUUCCCUUCCCUAGUAACUAGAGUAUCAGUGAAAAAGGGAACAGCUUUCCCACACGCUGUAACCUUCCACCACUUGGAUGGAAAUACUUGUGGGCGUCGAGCUGCAGGUUUGCUAUGGUCAUGGACAGUUCUCGGGAAGAAUGAUCUGUCAGGGCAGCAGCGGGUUUUAAACAUUAGAGCCUGAGCUUGGCCUUGGAGCCUAUUAAUUCUGUAGGUUCCAGGCCCUCAGCCCCGGGAUCCUGCCAGGUCUGACUGUGGCUGGUCAGACCAGGCCUGGCAUUCAUGGUGCCCAGGAGCUGCCCCGCCAACAAGCGCUGGGCCUGGGCCUCUGCCCUGGGCUCUGCGGCAAACCUGCCAGUACUCGUUUCCUGCUCUACAAACAUCACUUAAUUUGUUUGGCAGAUUUCAUGAGACCUUAGAUUUCAUCUUGGAGGUGGGUUUUUAAAUAUAUAACAAGUAACAUAAAGCGUCCCUAUAUCAUUUUAGUUUCUGAACAUGAAAUGAGAUGCAUUUUUCUUUAUGUUUUAACUGAACCAACCAUUUUAGCUCUUUUUAGAGAAAUGAGUAUUAGGAGAAACUAGUUAUUUUGAUAAUGUCCUAUUACUUGC